AUGCCGCCUGCCGCUCGACUAAACUUCCCGGCAUCGCUACGGAGCCCAAGCAUGACGGUGGCCACGACAGCCGCGCCUCAGCGGUUUCGGGUGCAAGGCUGGGACCCCGUUUUGAUCGUUUCUCAGAUCGUCUCCCUACAAGCCCUCCACUACCUCGUCCUCUCGCUCGUCCUCCCCGCCCUCCUCACCAUCUUCUCGUCGUCCGACUUGCUCCAGUACGAAGGCGGCGGCACGUCUAUCGCGCUCGCGAUGGACUGGCGGGCCUUCACGGGGUCGACCGUGUCGGGACUCGCUGCCUCUCGAAGACUAGGCACAGGACUGGUCUCGCUCGACGCGGCGAGGGAUGCGGCGGCGGGGUGGACGGGCGCAGCGGCGGCAGCGGGCAAGCUGGAUGCGGCGAGUCUGUCGCAUGGCGUUGUGCGCGUGCUGGAGUACGAUGCGCUGCGAGGGUGGGCGGUAGCGCUAGGCUGGGUCAUCGCCUCGAUGUCCGACAUCUUCUUCCUCUACCACAUCGUCCGACGACCAACCCACAUCCUCGACUUCUCCCUCACCCUCAUCUUCGUCCACCUCAUCCUGACGAUCUACUACUCCUCCUCCUUCCCGACCUCCUUCUUCUUCUGGUUCGUCGUCGGCGCAUCUUCCGUCGCACAAAUUGUCCUGGCGGAACAACUCUGCGUCAAGCGGGAGAUGCGGGACGGGUUCUCGCUGGGCGACGUGACCCCUCAUCUUGGUGGAGUCGAGAUGACGCCGCGCUUCCCAGAUCUCGAGCUUGGACAGGCGUCGGGCCAUAGUAGCAAGCAGAGCGUGUCAUACGCGAGGGUCCCAAACGAGGAGGAUCAGGUGUAG